CGUGGAGAUCGUGGAGGUCCAUCUAUUAUGUUUUGUUUUUUAUAUUAUCAUGUUUCCUUGCUUUGAAAAGAAGAUUUUAAGUUUUUGCGGUCAGGUUUACGUGAAUGUACGUCAUCGAAAUUUCUUUAACAGAUGAAACGCUUUAAAUGAUUGUCAACUGUUAUCAUUAAAACUCUAAGUAAAUGUAAAAGAAAUAGUAAUCAGAACAUCUAAGAAUAUGGCGCUAAAAGUAUUGUGAGGAAAAUAGAAACAAAGUCCAAUAAACACUGCAUGACCAAAUACUUCAGAUUUCUAUAUUGCCCCCGGAAUCGAUAAAAGCGAUUUGAAGAAUCAAAUACAAUUUUGACGCAUUUAUGGAUUCGGCUUAGUAGGAAGAAAUGAAGUUAAUAUGUUCUUAGAUGUUGAAUAAUCAUCGGAAGAAAAAAUGACAUAACCAAGUACCAAAACAAUCGUUGAUCAUUAACCAGGCAAAUCAAUCUUAUACGUGUUGCUAAGAUCCUUCAAGGCAAGAUUACUGAGUGCAUUUUGUCUGAUUUGAGCAAAUACAUUGGUAAUCCCGCUGAAAAUGACCAAGCCACUCUUGGUCACUAUUAACAUCAGGCUUGCAUGGAAAAAAUGUCAGGAAUUACAGCGUAAAUGAAGAAAAUAAUAGGGCGAUGUUCGAAAGAAGAUUUGUGACGUCAAUAUAGGAGACCAACGAAGGCGCCUCUCGUGGCAUGUUAAAAUUAUCGAACGUAAAACCCGCGCGGGAGGACGCACACUAGCUAUCAUCCAUUACCGAUGUAUGGACGCUUGACAAAUAUUUUAUGGCAUUGGUGAACACAAGGUAACGGACUUUACAGGACAUUUCCCUUUUUUUUAUUCUGAACUCCUAGUUCUAUCUCCAGAACAGUAUGAAGAUGAAAAGGCAAUUCAAUUUUUCUUCUGUUACAUCCGAACUCUUCAACUAAACUGGGAAAUGGAUGCUUAUUGCUUAAAAGUGGAAGUCAACUUUUAGGGGAAGAAAACACACAAUUGUUUUGGAUUAUGCAUUUGAACUUCAUUUCAUAACUGACUGAAAGAUUGGGCAAUUAAUAGUUGUGUUGGAUCUUAAAUGAUGAACGUAUCUACCCCAUCAAUUGACUUUUUAAUUAACGAUUCGACAUUUAUCCCAACGGAAGCGGACGUCAUUGACUACAGCCAAAGAGUCUUGAUUUUCUUUACCGUCAUCAUGAGCCUGCUCACCGUAGCUAUGGCCGUCGGAAAUAUUUUCGUCAUCGUAGCUCUCGUCACAUUGAGACCCCUGCGUUCGGCGUCCAACCAGUUGACGAUCAACCUCUGCGUCGGUGAGACAAUCCUUGGGCUUGUCGUCAUGCCAUACGGGACCAUGACUAUGUUCUUGCGCGUGCCGGUAUGGGGUGAGGCCACAUGUAUAGCCAUGGCUUUUAUCAAGAUGACCAUCAUGUAUAGUACGAAUCUGACUUUGAUGGCCAUUGGUAUUGAUCGAUACAUGAAGGUAAAACACACCACACUCCAUCGUUUGCGAUUUAAAAGACCUUUGAUCAUCAUCCUCAUUACGUGGAUCCUUAGUUUGCUAUCUGCAUUACCCCCUCUUGUUGGUUGGGGUUGGUAUCACUGGGUUCAGGUGAAACCCAUAUGCACCAACGACUGGAUAGACAGCGUCUCAUAUACAUUGUUUUUAGUUAUUGGUUUCAUGUGUAUCCCGCUUUGUGUUGUUUUCUAUUGCUAUGGAAGCAUUGUUCGUGUUGUAGUUCAAAGUCGACGUCGGCUCGACGUUCAUCAGAGAAAAGAAAUAAAAGACGCCACUCCUCAUACGAGUGGGGGUCUAGAAUCUUUAGAGACUAACUCAGAGCAAGUCGGGAUACACCUUGAGCCAGUAAAAUGGGCAAGCCGCACUGAUAGAGCUGUCAACACUCUAGCUGUAAGUGUCAUCGAUACCCCUCCGCCCCGUCCGAAGCAAGAUGCAGUCAGACCGAAACUGCAACCAAGGUUCCUAGGCCGAUCGAAUGGGAUAGUAAAGAAACCGAUGAAACGGGUGAACAGGGCGGACAUAGCAGUCAUAAGAACUAUGAUCAUAGUAGUCAGCACUUAUGUUAUUUUCUGGUACCCCUACAUAAUUUGCAUGUUGAUUAAAAUCGUGACAAAGGAAAGGAUGUCUUUCAUUGUUGAAUCAACAACCAUUGAACUUGCUUUUAUAGGAAUGGCUCUGAAUCCGAUCAUCUAUGCAGUGUCGAACAAAGGAUUCCGACGUGAUCUGAAAUCGGCUUUUAAACGACAAAUUAAAGAAAAAAGAUGAAUGUGUAGCAUCUACUUUUUGGAUAUUGCCAAAAUAUAAAGAACAUGUACGUUUGUAAUUUAAAAUAAAUACACAUAACAAUGUCAUUUCUGAGAUAGAAAGAAGAAUUGUUAGGAUUAUAUUUGCAGAUGACCAACAUCUAUUUCCAUUUACUAACAAAGAUUAAUGCACUGUUCUAUAAAAAGAAUAAUUAGAUUUAGAUACAUAGGAUGGGAAAAGCAUUUUGUAUCAUGAUGAUUACGACAUGAAACUAUCAUUUGGGAAGUUAGUGAAGCUUCUUUGGAUUGAUGAAUUCGCUUGUUCACCCAAGGUGAAUCGCGACUGGGUUUUCUAUUUUUCGUCGUCAAAGUUUGAGAGGAUUUAUAUGGAAGACAUAAUUGUCAUUAUUGUCUACUCGUACAGUAACUUCUUGAAAAAAAAAAUUUGGAUAUUAAAUGUAUGAAUUAUUCGUGCUAUUUUGAAUAUACAUUAUUGCAUGAGAGUCCAUGAGGUCAUUCGCAUACUAGUACUUCAUAUUUUGUAAUUAUCUCUCAACGCAUGCCCAGAAGGCAAUUAAGUUUGUAUUUAAUAUUACAAGUGCAUUAAUGUUACAUACUACUAAGAAAUAACGAUAACUAAGGAAUGUGUCAUUUCUUUGAUCUGAUGUUGCAUUAAAAAACAUAGGAAGGCCAUUACAUAAACAUGAUAAACAAAGUCUGCUCGCACAUAAAUACCUAAUGUAUCUUUAUGAAUGACUUGAUAUUGCAAGCCGGAUUGGAUUUCAACAAUGAUCUAUCUCAUCAGCCAAGGAAUUUCACAACAUCAAUAAUCUUUACAAAGUAUUUUCUUAAUGGAAAACCAUCUAUCUGAUACAUAUUCAAUUAUAAAGGGAUUAAUCAUAAAUACAUAUUUUGUGGAGACACAAGAUGGUGUUUCAAUUAUCUGUCCCUAGAGUAACGAAUAAACUAAUAAACACCCGAGAUUACUUUAGUUAAGCUUAAACUACUUGAAAUAUGAAUUUGGUCAACUCCCUUAGGAACACUUAUAACGUACGGAUGAUAAAUGAAAAAGGUAGAAUAAAUAUAUCAUUGAAAUUAAAUUCGAAAAAGGCGAUGCGUUUUUUUUCAACUCGAUGAUAAUCUAUUGUCAGUGUUUCAGAUCUAUGAGACGGGGGUAACCGCGGUCCCGCUGUGAUCAUGAUGAUUUUGAAUUAUUUUGAAGUGAAUUAAAGAGAUGAAAACUUACAAAAAUAGAAGGAAUGAAGGAAGAAGAAGAACAAAAAAGAUGGCAACUACUGCAACUUUCCACACUUACACUUGUCUAUUGUUUUUCAUGAAUUCGUCAUUUCAGUUACAUCUCAAC